CCAUAACUUUAUUGGCUGUGAGUGCAGGCAGGCAUGUUGCGCUUGACAUGGGGAUUAGUUGCCUGCCAUUGAGCAUUUCUCCAUUCCAUUCAGCCAUUCUGCUGCGUUGCGGCCUACAUUUGAAAGACUACAAGCCACUUGACCUUGUAAGUAGUGCCAUGUGCACCCACUUCAUUGUGCAAGGAAAAGCAAUGGGGCUGCAGUUUCAACGUGAAAAAAGCAACACGGGUUUGGUUUUUUCCUUUCCUUUGUAUCACCUUCACAUCAUUUCACAAGCGCACGACGGGGAUAGAAAAUGGCUACACCUUCUGAUCCGUCCUUAUCUGCUCACAGCGGUUUGCUGUGCUGAGAAAUUGAAUUGGGCCAGCUCAGCAGGCGGGCCCCGGACGGAGAACCCGAGUAGCAAAUGUGGCUUCCUGCUUGGUGCUGCUCUGCUUCUCUCUGCUGGUUGCAAGUGCAAACUACAAUCGGCCCUCUUUGGCUCCUGGACUGGAUUUAGUUGCGUGACGUCACCACUGUCCUUUUGAGAAGUAUCCAUGCCGUGUGACUGUGACGCCAUCCUUUGGAUCACAGAAGCGCUAUUAUUGUGACCCGCUGACAUCAUUCAGCCACCUUGGGCAGCCCGGAGUCAUCGUUCUGCUCUUGUGUGGAGUCAUUGUGCAGCUCAUCUUCAAACUCAAAGUGUUUAUGAGCUCUUUUCUUCCCUCCACGUGGUCUGCCUGGCACCGGGUGGGAGAAUGCGACGAGAGGGCGGCGACUCAUCGGCCUCUGAUGGCAGGAUGACGGAGGCUCCCGCCCGCCUCUGUGUCACCGUGACCUCUUCUCGGCUGGCCAAACCUGCUCGGGGAUCAACGGGAGAAACACGAGCAUGUCGGCAAAUAUUGCAGGACGGACGGUGACGCGUGUGUGGCCUUCAUCUAUGUGAGUGUCAUCUGUGCCCAUGUUAAAGAUGUUUCCGUUUUGGAUUCCCUCAACAACAAUCUUUGUGCAAUUGUGCAACCUGCUGGAGUUUGUCCAAGCCUUUGUCGGCUUGCUUUGGUUUUACUGCUGCAAAGACUCGAGAUACGUCCAACACCUAUUUUGAGUUUCAAUGGAAGCGAAUCGAUUCGGAUUCAAGAUGGGAUGCACAGUUGUUUGACUCUGAACUGACUCUGCGUCCAUGGCCGGAACGCAGGCGCUCUGGCAGCCCCGUGGGACUUUUGGUCAGCCUCCACCGAGCCUCUACAGUGCGGAUCGACUCCAAGGGCGCUCCCUGGAAGAGCAGAUUGAGCUGCGGUGGUUCCGAGAGCCGCGUCGCUCCCUUCUGUGUUACUGCGCUUCGGUCGCCCUGAUAUUAAUUUUGGGCCUGGGCGGCGUGGGCUUCCUCUGGGCCGCCGGCCCGGACGUGUCCGGCGAGUGGCGUCUCGGGGUGGGUGCAGCGCUGUGCCUCCUUUCCCUGGUGCUUCUGCUCAAGCAGCUUGUCAGCUCCGCCGUCCAGGACAUGAACUGCAUCCACAGCCGGCGGCGAAUCGACCAGCUGAAGAGUGGCGGACGGGCCGACCCGGCGCUCAUCCUGAUUGUGGGUCUGGCCGUGACGCUGUGUGGGACCAUUUUACUGUGCGCGGCCGCAAUCGGGGGCCGAGGCGACGACGCGGGCGGCGGAAUGUUGCUCUCCGGACUGGCGCUGGUGGCCGCUGGACUCGGCACGAUUAUGGCUCUGGCGGGAUACGCUGCGCUGGUCUACCUGAAGAGAAGAAGGGAGCGUGCCAGGAGGAGGAGGGCGAUGGACGCGAGGGGCCCGGGAGGGAGGGGGGUCCGUCCGUCGUGUCUUGCGUGUCUCAGGAUGAAUCAGGCCUCCAGCAGAACCAGCCUGAUAUGAGACGCUCCAAGCAAGCAAGCAUCACUCGGUCUGGCUGGCGAGAAGCGAAAGCUGCGAUAUACAAAGUCCUUCUAACGUUGGCUUUUCUACUUCCCGUCGGCAAAUUGUCGCAUUCUGUUUUGCUUUUGCAGAAGGAAAACAACGGGACGUUAACAAAGCGCAAAAGCAAGCGACGUUAUUCAUUAACACUUGUCGCCUUGUGGGCACGGCACGGUGAAGAAAGGCUGACGUUGAGCUAACCUUUGCCCACUCCCAGAAGGCAAAACGGGAGAGCCGGAAAAGCAAGCGCCCAAAGUAGCGCCGCUUAACAAGCCAAAGUAGCAACUUUGAAAAUAGCGUGUCGACUCGGUAAGUUUUGGCUCAUCGCUUUGGAUUGUUACUCUGUGUGUGGGGUGCGGACAAAAACAUUUCCUUGCAGAUAACCUUGGUGACAUUUAACGUUUUGAUAGGUUUCCUCUUUGAACAGUUUGCUGGUUUUGACGUUAAACCGACUCAUUUUCCCAUUAAACUGACUGAGAGCAAUGUAUUUGUA